AUGGAGGAGUUUAAAAAGCUGUACACAUCAGAAAAAUCAAAACGUGAUAUUGGAGUGACCUUCAAGAAAGUAGUUCAAGCCAGAAAGGAUGUGAACACGCUGGGGGGCACCAGCCUGGCCUCGGUAGAGGGCACCACACACACAGUGAGGAAAUCUGAAACUUUUGCAUUUUCACAGUGGGUUAAUAGCAACUUGAAAGAUGACCCAGACUGCCAGUCUCUGCUGCCAGUGAACAGUGAGAGCAACGAAUUGUUUGAUAAAUGCAAGAAUGGAAUCAUUCUAUGUAAACUGAUCAACAAGUCAGCCCCUUCUACCAUCGAUGAAAGGACAAUCAACAAAACUAAUUUGUCUGUGUACCGCCGCCAUGAGAACCUGACCCUUGCCAUCAACUCUGCUCAGGCCAUCGGCUGCUCCACGGUCAAUAUUGGUCCAGAAGAUUUGGACAGUGGCAAACCCCAUCUGGUGCUUGGGUUGCUUUGGCAGAUUAUUAGGAUUGGCUUACUCAGUGACAUCAACUUAGCCCAUCACCCAGGUCUCAUCCAUCUUCUGGAGGAAGACGAAACACUAGAAGAUCUCCAGAAGUUGACCCCAGAGCAGAUACUUCUAAGAUGGGUCAACUAUCAUCUGCGUAAUGCUGGCAGUGAUCUUCGCAUCAAAAACUUUUCAGAGGACAUCAAGGAUUCAGAGGCAUACACAUACUUGCUGCACCAGAUUGCACCAAAAGAGAAAGGGGUUGACCUCUCACCUCUGGGGGUUAUAGAUAGGCACCAGAGAGCAGAGUUGAUGCUGCAGCAGGCCAACAAAAUUGAAUGUCGCUCCUUUGUGGGCCCAAAUGAUGUUGUAGAGGGAAAUGCAAAGCUGAACUUGGCAUUUGUUGCUAAUCUUUUCAACAACUAUCCAGCACUGGAAGGUGUAGAUGCCGACAUUGAGUUGGACAUUCAUGAGGAAACCAGGGAAGAAAAAACAUAUCGUAACUGGAUGAACAGCAUGGGUGUUAGUCCUUAUGUCCACAACAUCUACAAUGACCUCACCGACGGGCUAAUCAUCUUCCAGCUCUAUGACAUCUGCAAACCUGGAGUUGUCGACUGGAACAAGGUUCACAAGAAGUUUAAUAAACUAAAGGCUAACUUUGAGAAAAUAGAAAAUUGUAAUUAUGCCUGUCAGUUGGGAAACAAGUUAGAUUUCUCUCUCGUGGGUGUCGCAGGCAAGGAUAUCCAUGAUGGCAAUCAGACGUUAACUUUAGCUUUAGUAUGGCAGCUGAUGAGAGCUUAUACAAUCUCUAUACUUAGUGGGCUGUCUGCCAAUAACAAAAAUGCAGAGAAAUUGAUUUUGGAAUGGGCAAAUGCUAAGCUGGACAAGACUGCCAGGUUUUCUAGUUUUGGAGAUCCAAACUUGUCAGACGCCAUUAUCUUAAUUAAGCUGAUUGAAAAAAUCAGACCUUCAGCAGUGGACUGGAAAAUUGUUCACCAAAAUGCCCAAACAUAUGAUGACAAACUGGCGAAUGCUCGUUUGGCCAUCGGAAUAGCCAGAAAAAUAGGAGCCAGGGUUUAUGCUUUGCCAGAAGAUAUCGUAGAGGUGAAACAGAAAAUGGUGAUGACCAUCUUUGCCUGUCUGAUGGCCAGAGACUUCAGUCAGAAUGGCCAGAGUUUGACAGAUACACAUAAAAAAGCUUAG